GUUCUACGGCGUCCUGCGGCGCGCUCGGAGCCCGUCCCGCACGCGCCCGCCUAACGCCCGUCCGCUCGCUCCCUCCCUCCCUGCCUCCGUAGCCCAACGCCAGGAUCAUGAAGGUCGCCAGUGGCAGCGCCUCGGCGGCCGCGGGCCCCAGCUGCGCCCUGAAAGCAGGCAAGGCAGCGGGCGGCGCGGGCGAGGUGGUUCGCUGCCUGUCGGAACAGAGCGUGGCCAUCUCGCGCUGCGCCGGCGGCGCUGGGGGGCGCCUCCCCGCCCUGCUGGACGAGCAGCAGGUGAACGUGCUGCUCUACGACAUGAACGGCUGCUACUCGCGUCUCAAGGAGCUGGUGCCCACCCUGCCCCAGAACCGCAAGGUGAGCAAGGUGGAGAUCCUCCAGCACGUCAUCGACUACAUCUGGGACCUGCAGCUGGAGCUGGACUCGCAGUCCGCCGUCGGGGUCCCCGGAAGUCGGGGUCUGCCCGCCCGGGCUCCGCUCAGCACCCUCAACGGCGAGAUGAGCGCCCUGGCGGCCGAGGCUGCCUGUGUCCCAGCGGACGAUCGCAUCUUGUGUCGCUGAGGGGACGUGCUCUCUGGUCCCCCCGCUAAGCGCCUCGCCGGAGCUGGAGAGGAGGACCAGGUUGAGAUCAGCGGCUCUCCGGCGCUUGCUGGGUCGGGCCCAGGGCUGGGGGACCGGAGAGGGCAGGCUAACUUUCCCCCGUGCCUGUCAACCACCAGAGACUCGGAACUCGUUGGGGAGAUGGAAUUUCCCGCCCCGUGUGUUUCUAUUUUUUGAAAAGCAGACAUUUUAAAAAAUGGUCACGUUUGGUGCUUCUCAGAUUUCUGAGGAAAUUUAUUGCUUGUAUUGUAUAUUACAAUGAUCACCGACUGAGAAUAUUGUUUUACAAUAGUUCUGUGGGGGGGUGUUUUUUUAAUUAAACACUUUAGAUGAUAACAAAGUUGUGUUGUCUUCUUGAAUUGAGUGGGGAGGGCCCUGGGCUAGGGGGCUGGCCGCUGACCCCCCCUUGCAGCUGGUGUUUGGGAGGGAAAUAGGGAGGGCCACAUCUGGACUUUUUUUUUUUUUUAGCGACCUGAAUGAGCGUUUCCGGUGUCUUUUAAAGUCUAUUCUUUCCCGUAUAACUGGCCAUUUCCCUGCUCCUCGGUGUCAUAAAAUUAAAUCCUCUAGAAUUUCUCAAAGUGGUCCUUGGGCCAUCUGGGUCACCUGGGGAGGUUGUUAAAAUGCAAAUUAGCCUGCCAAGGCUCCCUGUGGCUUUGGGGAGUACUCAACAUGCCAUUUAAGUUGGAGAACUAGGUCAGUGGACCACCUGCUAUCUUGCCAAGAUGGGGGAAACAAGACCCAAGGGAGAAGGGACUUGCCCAGGGUCACAUUCCCCAGUAGGAGGUGCCUUACCCCAGGCUGCCCUAGGAUUCCCAGCUUGUCCAAGUGGGUGAGCAAGUUGGCAAGGCCAGACUGGGCCCAGCUGCUAGGCCACCUGCUCUGGGUCCAGCUCAGCCCCUCACCCUGGCCUGACUGCCAGCUGCUCAACCUUCUUCUCUCCCCCCUUCCCCUCACCCGGGGCUCCUGUGUGGGCUCUGAGGAGGGGUGGGCUGGUCCCAUACCCAGCCCCUCAGCAGGAAAAAGUUGUCAUUGACAAGGGCCUAUCUGCCUGGACAUGUGUGUGCGUGCGUACUCAUGGGGGUGUGCAUUUGAGUGUCUGGGCCUGUGUGACAUGAGUGAACUGGUUGUUACCCCUCUGGGGCUGGGUCAUCUGUUGGUGUACAGCCCUGGGAUUGUGGAUGAGGAUACUCACAGAAGUGUAUGCAGAAGGGUGAAUGUGAGCACGUGUGUUCUGCAGUAAGUGCACAACCUCUAGCUGUUUGGGCUUGUGUGUUCUGCCUAAAUGCGUGCUGUGGGCAUCUCCUAAUGGGUCUAGCUCCAUAGAUGGGUUUGUGCGUCUGGGGGCCACAGAACCCCACGCCUGAGGGUUUCCAUGUGUGUAAUUGUCCUGCAGAUGGCCCCUUCUGGACCUCUGCUGGUAGAAGAAGGAGGCAGAAGGCCUGAGGCAGCUGUGUUCAGGCAAAGCCUUCCUCAAAAGUUGGAAAUACCAAGUCUCGGCAAAUGUUAGGCCCAGGGGGACACCAACUAUCCCUGCCACGUCGAUUUCCUUGUACUACACGAGGAAACGGAGUUCUGGCAAGAGCCAAGAACUUUUUCCAGAGAGCAAGGAUUAUUACAUUUUGUCAAUAAAUAAAAUAGCAACUAGCACCAUGAGCCUGACUCUAGGCUCAACCCUUUACCCAAAGGAUCCCUGUGGGGUUAAAGGUAGGAUUUUGAUGCCCGUUUUUUUUUUUUUUUAGACAA